AUACACUAUUGUUAUAUCAUCACAUUUCUUUUUGUUCUUCGAUUUCUGUUACGUCCACCCCUCCUUUUUUUCGGAUGGAAGGGCGGACCCCACCUACCGAGAAUAGGAAAAACAGCAUUAAACUUUCUUCGGCAACAUCCCUCCGGUUAGCUUCCCCUCCCGGCCGAUCAUCAGAUACAUUCGUUGUCCAAAUCCCUAAAGAUCAAGUUUAUCGUGUGCCACCACCAGAAAAUGCAAAAAUUGUGGAAAAUCAUACCCCUAAUGAUAAUGUUCAAAGCAAGAGAAAAAUUGGACGUCGUUGUUGUUGGAUCUUAUUAGGGCUAUUAAUAUUUGGUAUCAUUAUAGGUGUUACCAUCGCGAUUAUUCACAUGUUGUAUAUCCCUAAAUGUCCUAAUUUUUCCAUCGUUGGUGUCAAUUUCAAGAAUGUAACGGACCCUAAUAGUCGCGGCCAUGGCCAAAAAAAUCAACAACAAGAACAUCCAAAAUUCGAGUUUGAUUUGAAAGUCAGUAAUGUAAAUGAAAGAAUGGAUGUUUCAUUUGGUGAUGGGAAGACUAAUUUUGUUUUCAAGAAACAAGAUAUAGGACAAGGGAAAUAUCCCUCAAAUUCACAAAGAGCGUCGGGUUCAAAUAAUGUUCAUUUUAAUCUUGAUGUUGGCUCAAAUGGGAAAUUGCCUAGUGAUUUGUUGAAGACACUUGAAGAUGACAAGAAGAAAAUAGUAAUAAUGUCAUUGAUGAUUCAUGUGCCAAUGGAAAUCAAAAGUUGGGUUAAAAAUUUGAAGAAAGAUUUGACAAUUACUUGUGAUUUUGAUGUGGAAGAUUUGACAAAGAAAGCCAAGAUUAUGCCUAAUGAGUGUAUAACGGAUUUCUAA